AUGGCCGCGGAAGAGGCGGAGGUAUCAAGAGCUCCUGGCGGGCCACUAGAUCUAGUGAUUCCACUCCGGUCUUGGGAGCCAGAACAUUCGAGCAACGAGAUGAGAGCGACGGGAAUGAAGGGAACGACAGGCGCAGCGCGGGCAGCAACUCUCUCGGGAAAGAUCGGAUGGUUGAUGUCGGCCUAG